CCUCCCUCCGUCCCGGCAGGAGCCGCGGCGGUGGCAAUGGCGUCGGGGUGCCGGAUCGGGCCGUCCAUCCUCAACAGCGACCUGGCGGCGCUGGGCGCCGAGUGCAGCCGCAUGCUGGACUGCGGGGCCGACUACCUGCACCUGGAUGUAAUGGACGGACACUUCGUCCCGAACAUCACCUUCGGCCACCCCGUCGUGGAGAGCCUGCGCAAGCGGCUGGGCCAGGAGCCCUUCUUCGACAUGCACAUGAUGGUGGCCGCGCCAGAGCAGUGGGUGAAGCCCAUGGCGGUCGCUGGCGCAAACCAGUACACCUUCCAUCUAGAAGCGACGGACAAUCCCGGGGCGCUGAUAAAGGACAUUCGGGAGAACGGCAUGAAGGUUGGCUUGGCCAUCAAGCCUGGCACUACAGUUGAACACUUAGCACCUUGGGCCAAUCAGAUAGACAUGGCUUUGGUGAUGACAGUAGAACCUGGGUUCGGAGGACAGAAAUUUAUGGAAGACAUGAUGCCAAAGGUUCAGUGGCUGAGGACACAGUUUCCCUCCUUGGAUAUAGAAGUGGAUGGAGGAGUUGGGCCUGACACCAUCCAUAAGUGUGCAGAGGCAGGUGCCAAUAUGAUUGUGUCUGGCAGUGCUAUUAUGAAGAGCGCAGACCCAAGGUCUGUGAUCAACCUCCUCAGGAAUGUGUGUUCAGAAGCAGCCCAGAAGCGCAGUCUGGAUCGGUGAGACCUGCCCAAGCCGUGUUCCAGAAGGCUCUGGGCAUGCAGGAGAACCCUCUUCUUGUGCAUAAGCGAGGGCUGGAUGAACACCAACUACAGAAACUUCUUGCUGCUCAACAGAGGAAUCAUUCCUUCGCUGCAAUGAAGCAAGCAGCAGUGGGAAACAUUCUGGCUGUCUUUCAGGGUUGGAAAUGCAAUGGUUUGAACUCGUGUCUUGAUUUUGUGGAGGCUAAUUUCGUGGCACAACCUCUAAUGCUGACUGGAUUGAACUACAGUCAGUUUGUUGCUUGCUAGAAGAGUGUAGCAUUGCCACAAGAAGCUCUCUUGUGGAAGACUCUUAAUCCAACUGCCUUCUGCUGUCUGUAUUUUGUCAUUUGAUCUGUGCAUUCCUACAAAACUUUUCCACUACUGCAUUAAACACCCCUUCCUUGGUGUGUUAAGUUCUUUAAGCUGUCGUAAAUGAGUGGGUUUAGGAGUAAGCUUAGGGAAAAUGCAGCAUAAGAGGCUAAAAAACAUUGCAGUGAUGGUAGAAAUAUUCCUGUCCUUUGCCUCUGUUGCAUUGGAAGUAAUUGGCCUGUAAAAAUCCAGCAUCAAAUAAGUCAGUUCAGCCUCUUUACCACAUCACAAAGUAGGGAAUAUCUUCUCACUUACCUUUCAAAUAGCCAGUUAAAGACAGCUGGGUUUUAAUUCCUGGAAGUGAUGGAAUUCCUCAGGAGAAUGUUGCUUUAAUACUCUUCAAAUAAGUAAAACCCUUCAUCUUGCUCCUCAAUCUCCUUGGUUUGUACAUAUGUCUGAGUAAAGGAUUAAGAUGGUAACACACAGAAAGGGAAUCUGCUGGAGAGAUAUGCAGGUUGAAGUGCCUGGAGAUGGGUCUGUAAAACAGCUUGUGGAACCAAAUAGUUACCAGUCCUUCAGUCUGCUGUGUCCACAGGCCUGGCCUGUCUGGGCACAUGAAGGUGAGUUACAGUGCACUAGAGGAAGACUGAGAAGGCCAUUUUUAGGUAGAUAUGUCUCCCAUGGCUCUUCAAUAUUUCAUGGUGUUCUGUGUGUUAUUUUUCCCUUUAAGCUGCAAUUACAGAAGGGUUGCAAACAAUCUGCUGCCUUGGGGGGCCAGGCCAGGAGGCUCAGCAGCUGCAGCUCGGCCAUUUCCACAGGACCAAAGUGGGGUCUGUUCUCUUUGCAGCAACGCUGGGCAGGUGUCACCUGGCAGCUGCUGAGGCAGGUUCAGACACUCUAUCUCAAAUAGCUGAACUGCCACCGUUUUUCUGUGGUUUAGGUGAACAAAUGUUGCUUCCUGUUUCUACCUGCAACCCCAUCUGGGAACCAGCACAAGAAAAAGUUGUCUGGACCUAUUGUACCGAGAGAGAUUUUAGAAGAGGUUUGCCAAAAGCAGGCUUGGCCAUGAAAAGCUAGUCCCCAGGGCUGUUGGGUGUGUGUUAAGAGUAGCUUAUCCAAGCUUCUGGAAAGAACAAGCGUGGAGUUUAAUGUAUGCAUGGACAAACAGUCAUGGCUCUGGUAGCUAAAUGCAGGCUGGACAGCCACCAGCUGCAAUGAAAAUGCUAGUUCAGGAUGUGGAGUCUGGCUUUUCAUGCUGUUCAAAGCAGUAGGACAACAGCUGUAGUAUACUAACCUCCUACAUUGAGUGUCAGCUGGAUUGAAAGCGUAAUCAAACUUUCUGCUUUUUUCCUAAUUAAUUUAGGGGUGACAUCCAAGUUGUGCUAGUUAACUGAUGGUAUGAGGCUUUGUGGAACCUUUUGGUAUGUUCUCUGUUCAUAGGUUGUAGCUGUAAUUGUUUUAGGGAUGGUAAGUUUGCACUUGCAUUGACUCUUGGGUUAGGAGUCCCAUGGGAGAGAUGUUAGACCCACAAAUAAAAUUACAUAAUUGCUUCUGUCUGAAUCCCACCCAGGUGGGUUUAUGCAGGUGACUCCUGCUGCAGCAGCUUUUACACAUCUAAGGUUAAAUCUGUUAGUGACCAUGUCCUUAAAAUCACAGCAAUGAAUGAUUCUUGUUCUUUAAUGCUUGAGAGUGUUUCAGUUUCUCACCUGUGUACAUUUACAGAAGUGAUCUGUUUGGGGCCUGCUUAGGCCUGUCCUCCUGUACUCAGUAACAAGCCUUGAGUCCCAGGACUUUGAACUGAGUGCUGACAUGAAAACCCAGAGAGCUGCUUGCAUGGUCUCCUCUUGUAUGGGCAGAAAAAACCUCAGGCCCAUUAGAUGUUGCAAUCUUCUGACAAGGUUUUAGCAGUAAGGGAGAGCACAGCCUGUUGUACUGAGGCACCUGGUCUAGUGUCUGAACUGGAGAAGGGGAUGAAAACAACUUGUUUGGAGCCAAGUCACGCUGUGCUUGCACAUGUGGCUGCACAGGGUGAUACAGCCCACAGCCCUGAGUGAGAUAAAACACUGCAGAGACGCAGACAGAGCUUAGUUUUAAUAGGGUUUAAAAAUCCUUAUUUGUACUUACAUGCCAUUAAGGUCCUGGAUGCAGAGAUGAAGCAUUUUAAACCCUCACAGCAGCAGGAAGCAGAACAUAAGUGGUGUUAAAAAAAAUGCCAGAGUUGAACAUGGUAAAUAAAGCGCAUGGGAAAUGGCUUUGUGCAGUUGCAAACACCCACUUUCAUGCCUGGGGGGGCAUUGCUGCAUUAUGUGUUAAGUUGGUUUUUCACAAUCAGUCUUUGUAAUACCUUCAGCCACAGCGGUAGGAGCAGCACUAACAGCUGUUUUCAUAGCUUAACAGCCAAAGUGAGCUUGGGUUUUGUCUGGGGCUUUACUUUCUGUUUAAAACUUUGAAAAGGAAUGAAAACAAGCAGGGGAUCCUGCACAUUUUAUGGCUUUGAGGAUGAGCCUAGCCCUGAGCCCUCAGCCUGCUCCCACACCAGGUACAGCUUCCUCAUGACACCAGCAUUCAUGCAAAACUCAGCUGUCUGGAGGUGGGAGCCCAGCUGUGCCAGGACAUGGGCUGCAGGCACCAAACUAUGAUACCAGUGCUGAUGGCAGCUGCCUGCAGCACAGGGACAAAUGAAAGGAGAGGGCUGGUCCUGCAAUCAAGUGGAGUUCAGCAAGUUUUUUAACCCUGUCCCAGUACUGAAACGAGCUUGCUGAAAAAAUCAGGUGCCUCCCUGUCUGGAGCCAGGACACAGUGGAGACAGAGAAGGCAGGGCACAGGUCUGCAGCUUCCUGAGCCAUCUCGCUUGCCCUGCCACACGGAGGGAUGCUGGAGGCAGGCAGGUGCUGAGGGAAACACAGCCUGUUCCUGGCCCCCAAUGAAGGGGGACCUGCCACACACACCUAUCCUGCUCCACUUGAGCCCUGUGCACCACCACUGCAUGGAACAACCCGUGCUGGCACUGUGGGAGGAGGAACAGCUCUGGCACUGUGCUCCAGCAGCCAGUUCACUGUCACAGGCCUAGCUAGCUGAGAGGCAGCUGUUGGAGAAAAGAUUUCUGCUGUGAGUGGGCUGGGUAAUGACCAAAUAAACAUUCUGCUUCUCUC